AUGGCUUCGCUCGGUCCGGCCGAUCCGGGCGAGCAGGGCCUGGGCUCCGAGGCGGAGGCGGGCGCCGCGGGGCCUCUUCCUCCUCCUCCUCCGCCGCCGCCGCCGCCAUCGUCGUCGUCGGCGCUGGGCCCCCUGCUGCCCCUGCAGCGGGAGCCGCUGUACAACUGGCAGGCGACCAAGGCGUCGCUGAAGGAGCGCUUCGCCUUCCUCUUCAACUCGGAGCUGCUGAGCGACGUGCGCUUCGUGCUGGGCAAGGGCCGCGCCGGCGCCGCCUCCGCCGCCGCCGCCGCCGCGGGGGGCCCCCAGCGCAUCCCCGCGCACCGCUUCGUGCUGGCGGCCGGCAGCGCCGUCUUCGACGCCAUGUUCAACGGCGGCAUGGCCACCACGUCCGCCGAGAUCGAGCUGCCCGACGUGGAGCCCGCCGCCUUCCUGGCGCUGCUGAGAUUUCUGUAUUCAGAUGAAGUUCAGAUUGGCCCGGAAACAGUGAUGACCACUCUGUAUACGGCUAAGAAGUACGCAGUGCCAGCCUUGGAGGCACACUGCGUGGAAUUCCUCACCAAACAUCUGAGGGCAGAUAACGCCUUCAUGCUGCUUACCCAGGCUCGACUGUUUGAUGAACCUCAGCUCGCUAGUCUUUGUCUCGAUACGAUAGACAAAAGCACAAUGGAUGCGAUAAAUGCAGAAGGGUUUACUGAUAUUGACAUAGACACACUGUGCGCAGUUCUGGAAAGAGACACACUUAGUAUUCGAGAAAGCCGGCUCUUUGGAGCUAUUGUCCGAUGGUCAGAAGCAGAAUGUCAGCGACAGCAGCUGCCUGUGAGUUUUGAAAACAAACAGAAAGUCCUAGGAAAGGCGCUGUCCCUGAUCCGGUUCCCACUGAUGACCAUUGAGGAGUUUGCCGCGGGGCCUGCUCAGUCUGGGAUUUUGUCAGAUCGUGAAGUGGUGAAUCUCUUUCUCCACUUUACCGUCAAUCCUAAACCCCGAGUGGACUACAUCGACCGGCCGCGGUGCUGCCUCCGCGGGAAGGAAUGCUGCAUCAACCGGUUCCAGCAGGUGGAGAGCCGCUGGGGCUACAGUGGGACCAGCGAUCGAAUCAGGUUCACAGUUAACAGAAGAAUCUCUAUAGUUGGAUUUGGUUUAUAUGGAUCUAUUCAUGGCCCCACGGAUUAUCAAGUGAACAUACAGAUCAUCGAAUACGAGAAGAAACAAACCUUGGGACAGAACGAUACCGGCUUCAGCUGUGACGGGAGCGCGAGCACGUUCAGGGUCAUGUUCAAGGACCCUAUCGAGAUCCUGCCCAACGUGUGCUACACCGCAUGCGCCACCCUCAAGGGUUCAGAUUCCCACUAUGGCACAAAAGGACUGAAGAAAGUCGUGCAUGAAACAUCUGCUAGCAAGACCGUUUUUUUCUUUUUCAGCUCACCUGGCAAUAAUAAUGGCACUUCCAUAGAAGACGGACAAAUCCCAGAAAUAAUAUUUUACACCUAA